UUGAGGAUAACAGACUACCUUCGACAGAGAGCGAGUUUUACGAGCAGAUCUGUUUUUGAAGAUUUUUUACACGCUUCACCGAUACACAUCUACAUAUACACAUCUUCCACUACAUCUUUCACAUUUAACAAACACACACACACACACACACACAACACACAAAUUCUCACGGUCAACCUCGGCUGAGUUUGACUGUCUUUUAUUCCACCUAUCCACGGAACGGCUGCUCAUCUCGUCUGUUACAACUUCAGUACGGUAAGUCAUGUGUUAUCAGCUUAUUUGUUGUGUUUUGCUGUUGUUGAGGGAGAAGUUUUGCUCAAACAUGCAGCUAAAAAAACUGUUGUGGCUAAGAUAGGCGUGCUGAGUUGUUUACACAGGGCCGCUAACAAAGUAGCUAGUGUGCUACUCUGUUAGCGGCCCUGUGUAAACACCAAGCUAGUUGUAACUUCGUUAUUCUGUGACUUCACUGCACUCUCGGAGAUCACAAUGUAGCAUUUUGUGGUGGUGGCGGAAGUGUAUUGUGUUGUUUCGCGUUCUUUGUCCGCAUCGCAGAGGGGCUAUUGUCUGAUUUUGCGGUCUGUGUCCACAUUGCAGUGCAAUUAUUGUCUUGUUUCGCUGUCUGCGUCGGCAUCGCAGAGGGGCUCUUGUCUGGUUUUGCGGUCCGUGUCUGUGUUUUUGGGUUUAUUUGUCGUAUUUUGCAUGCUAACCAAACUGUUGUGGCUAACUAGGCGUGCUGAUGUGAUGUUUACACAGCGACGCUAACAAAGUAGCUAGUGUGCAACACUGUUAGCGGCGCUGUGUAAACAGUAAGCUAGUUGUAACUUCGUUAUUCUGUGACUUCACUAAAUUCUUGGAAAUCAUAAUUUAGCAUUUGACGGCGGUGGUAGUCUAUUUUCUUGAUUCGCUUUCUGUGUCUGCAUCGCAGACGGGCUCUUUUCUGGUUUUGAAAUCUGUGUCGACAUUGCAAUGCAAUAUUUUUCUUGUUUUGCUGUCUGCGUCGGCAUCGCUGAGGGGCUAUUGUCUGGUUUUGCGAUCUGUGUCUGUGUUUUUAGGUUUAUUGUGGUGUUUUGCUGUUGUUGAGGGAGAAAUUCUGCUUAAACAUGCAUGCUAACCAAACUGUUGUGGCUAACUAGGUGUGCUGAUUUGAUGUUUACACAGCGACGCUAACAAAGUAGCUAGUGUGCAACACUGUUAGCGGCGCUGUGUUAAGCCAGUUGUAACUUCGUUAUUCUGUGACUUCACUAAAUUCUUGGAAAUCAUAAUUUAGCAUUCGACGGUAGUGGUGGUAGUCUAUUUUCUUGAUUCGCGUUCUGUGUCUGCAUCGCAGACGGGCUCUUUUCUGGUUUUGAAAUCUGUGUCGACAUUGCAAUGCAAUAUUUUCUUGUUUCGCUGUCUGCGUCGGCAUCGCUGAGAGGCUAUUGUGUGGUUUUGCGAUCUGUGUCUGUGUUUUUAGGUUUAUUGUGGUGUUUUGCUGUUGUUGAGGGGGAACUUCUGCUUAAACAUGCAUGCUAACCAAACUGUUGUGGCUAACUAGGUGUGCUGAUUUGAUGUUUACACAGCGACGCUAACAAAGUAGCUAGUGUGCAACACUGUUAGCGGCGCUGUGUAAACAUUAAACCAGUUGUAACUUCGUUAUUCUGUGACUUCACUAAAUUCUUGGAAAUCAUAAUUUAGCAUUCGACGGUAGUGGUGGUAGUCUAUUUUCUUGAUUCGCGUUCUGUGUCUGCAUCGCAGACGGGCUCUUUUCUGCUUUUGAAAUCUGAAUCGACAUUGCAGUGCAAUUAUUUUCUUGUUUCGCUGUCUGCGUCGGCAUCGCAGAGGGGCUAUUGUCUGGUUUUGCGAUCUGUGUCUUUAGAUUUAUUGUGGUGUUUUGCCGUUGUUGAGGGAGAACUUCUGCUUAAACAUGCAUGCUAAACAAACUGCUGUGGCUAACAUAGGCGUGCUGAUUUGAUGUUUAAACAGCGACGCUAACAAAGUUGCUAGUGUGCAACACUGUUAGCGGCGCUUUGUAAACAGUAAGCUAGUUGUAACUUCGUCAUUCUGUGACUUCACUAAAUUCUUGGAAAUCAUAAUUUAGCAUUUGACGGUGGUGGUGGUAUUUCAUUUUCUUGAUUCGCGUUCUGUGUCUGCAUCGCAGACGGGCUCUUUUCUGGUUUAGCGGUGCAAUUACUUUCUUGUUUUGCUGUCUGCGUUGGCAUAGCAGAGGGGCUAUUGUCUGGUUUUGCGAUCUGUAUCUGUGUUUUUAGGAUUGUUGUGGUGUUUCGCUGUUGUUGAAGGAGAAUUUCUGCUUAAACAUGCAUGCUAUCAAAACUGUUGUGGCUAACACAGGGGUGCUGAUUUGUUGCUACACAGCGCCGCUAACAAAGUAGCUAGUGUGCAACACUGUUAGCGGCGCUGUGAAAACAGUAAGCUAGUUGUAACUUCGUUAUUCUGUGACUUCACUAAAUUCUUGGAAAUCAUAAUUUAGCAUUUGACGGUGGUGGUGGUAGUCUAUUCUCUUGAUUCGCGUUCUGUGUCUGCAUCGCAGACGAGCUCUUUUCAAGUUUUGAAAUCUGUGUCGACAUUGCAAUGCAAUAUUUUUCUUGAUUCGCAGACGGGCUAUUUUCUGGUUUUGCGGUGCAAUUAUUUUAUGUUUUGCUGUCUGCGUUGGCAUAGCAGACGGGCUAUUUUCUGGUUUUGCGGUGCAAUUAUUUUAUGUUUUGCUGUCUGCGUUGGCAUAGCAGAGGGGCUAUUGUCUGGUUUUGCGAUCUGUAUCUGUGUUUUUAGGAUUAUUGUGGUGUUUCGCUGUUGUUGAAGGAGAAUUUCUGCUUAAACAUGCAUGCUAGGAAAACUGUUGUGGCUAACAUAGGCGUUCUGAUUUGAUGUCUACACAGCGUCGCUAACAAAGUAGCUAGUGUGCAACCAAAAUGUGUUAGCCUCACUGUUUAGUUAUUCUCUCUGUAUUUUUUGGUGCUUAUAUAACAUAACACACAUGUUUAAAUUUUGAUAUGAAGUUUUACAAAUAUAAUAGGUAUUAUAUGUAUUAUCUAUACUUUCAGAUGCCAAAAGUGAAGGGUUGGCGUCGAUCACAGGCCGCAACCAGGCGCCGCGCUCAGCGCGAGUUCCUGAUUGUUGGUCCACAAGGCCACAGUGAUGACGUGCCUACAGGUGUGUAACAUUUUCUUUUAAAUGUAUCAUUUUUUCUUCACGCACUAUAUUGCAAACAGUUUCUUAUUUCUUUGUAUCUUGGAAAAACACAUACAAAUCAGGUUUACUGUUUACAUUUUACAAUAAUACAUGUCAAUGUUAUCUGUUUAAUAGGCACUGUCGGGACUGGUUAUCGCCAUCGUGUUAACCAGUGGCCAAUAUCUGUGUUGACUGGUCGGCAACACAAAUUGGUCAUUCCUCCUGAGGUUCCUGACAAGAAGGCAUGAAACUGACAUUAUUUUUUACCCUCACAACACAUAUUUCAGCUGAUACAGUAUUUAAUUAGUACUUCUCCCUUUUUCAUCCUAGUUUGUUCUUAUCGUUGGUGACUCUCACCUGCGCCCGUUUGCUGAUGGGGUUGUGCCAUUGCCUGAAGGACGGAUGUCCUUUGGGUUCAUGUCCACACCAGGGGCCUGCGCUGAUGGACUGAGGACUGAGAUGGUACAUGCUGCUGUGCCUCGCAAUCCUGACUUGGUCAUUGUCAUGGCUCCUAGCAACAACCUUACAACCCAAGGGUCUCUUGAGAAGUCGUCAACAGAUUUUGCUAAACUUCUCUCCACUGCCGUUGGAAGGUGGUUCAAGGUGGGGCUAUGAUGUCAUUAACACAUUUUGUAGUAUCUCAAUUAUGGUUAUGCUCAGUAAUAACUCUUGUGUUUUUUGUCCUUCUGGUGUGUUUGCUAUUUUUAUAGGUAAUUGUGUAUGACUUUCCACCUCGGCUGAACCACCCUUUGGAUCAUCAGGAGCUGCUGCGGCAGGAAUUCCGUCGAGUUGCAGCACGUAUGGGUACGUUUUACAACACUUUAAAUUCGCCUUCAUGACAAAAUUCUAAAUGACAAUAUCAUCAUAAAACCAAUCAUAUAAAACAUCUACAGCAAACCCAAACAAAUUACAUGUAUUUUUUAGAGUAACUCACAACUCUGUACAUUUUAUGGACACAGUGAAAGAAUAAUUGUCUUUUCUGUUUGUGGUAAAAUACACAAAUUUGUACUAAUGCUUCACUUUGUCUCACUUUACAUUAACAGGCAUUCGAUAUGUUUGCCCUGCUGCUGAUGACUUCCCCCUGAGACGCCUUAAGCUGUGGUGCAGGGAUUCUGUUAGUACAAUCCCUACUCAUCUGAUGUUUCAUAUGGACUUCAUAAUAAAUGCACACAUUUUUGCAUCAUGCAAAUUUGUGAUCAUGAAAAUUGUCUUGUCUUCUAUAUAGGUCCAUCUCAGUGAUGAUGGUGGGUCGCCUAUUCUGGGGCAGCGUCUCUGGCAGGCGGCGUACACUGAACUGGAUAGAGGUGAUCCUGCAUCAGUGCUGUCAGUGCAGCGCAGGCGCUCGCCCCCCUGAGCACUGUCACACCAAAGGUGGUUGUGAGGGGAGAGGUACCUGCACCUCAACCAUCCAACGCCUUUGAGUGGACAGUGUGUGGAAAGGUGCACAAGGUAAACAUAAUUCCUGUGUGUCUAUAUACAUAUAGUAUAUGUAUUUAAUACAGUAUUGUUAAUUUUCAACUUACUUAUCACAGCAGAAUCUCUCUGGCAACGAGGUGGAGGACUCUGCUCCAUGCACUCAGCAGGUUUGACAUCCUUUAUACAACACAACUAUCAUCACAAUUUCUGUAUGGAUUACACACAUUUUCUUUGAGAAGAAACCCUUUUCUAAAUUAUUACUUUAUUUAUUCUAUUUUUUUUUCUCUCCCUCCAUCCUAGUUGUCAACAGUUGGGUUGCGAGACUGUUUUGUGCGUCUCAACCCUAUCCAUUUCAGUCCACACCUGCUGGAUGCCAUGGAGAAGAUUUCGCCAUCCCAGCUUCCCAACCCUGUUCCACAAGAUGAUGAGGUCAGUGAAAAUGUCACACUACAGCAGCACUUUGAUUGUUCAUUCAUAAUAUGUUUUGUGUUGCACAACAACAAUGCUUAGAAGAAAUAUUGUUUUAUUCAGAUGCCACGUGUGGAACCACGCAGGACUGUGGUUGCAUCUCGGAGGAUCCCUACCAGGAAGCAGGUUUGUUUCUUCAUUGGCACACAUGGUGUAUUAAUAUGCAAGCACGCAGAGCUAGGUUUGCAUCUAAACCAAGUUUAUCAUACAGAACGGAAUAAUAACAUUGAGAAAUUUUACUUGGCCCUUAAUUUCAAAAAAUGUUUUUUCUUAAUUCAUACACAAAUAGGAUGUUUAGUAUCAUCAGUUAAUGAUUCUUUCUUCAACUAUAAAAGUACAGUUUUUUCAAUUUGACCUUUUUAUCAAUGACAAUAUAUUAUACACAAACUUUUGUGUGCAGGGAAGGGCCUUGCGUGUCCAGAGCCCAGCUGAGCUGCAGACAACUGAGGUGCCUCCUGCUACAGAACUCACUUCACCUGAGGUGGGCUUGGAGAGGGUGGCAGAGCUCCAGACGUGCCAGGGCGUGGUGACGGUGGACACUGCCAUCCUGUCAGCACCCCAGCCAGAUGGAGGCACCCAGGUGGAACAGGUAAGUAUGCAUAAACAUCUUCCUCACCCCCCUCUUGUGUUUGGUGAUUUUGAUCGCUCACCUGUGCAGUUUAGCAGUAUGGAGACUGAGGCAGUACAGUUUCUGUGCACUGAGAUUGAGAGUGAGAUGUCUGACCCAGGUUGGGUAAGAGACAGUAUCCAAGGAUCAUUUCACCAGGGAAGUGAUUUAUUAAGUAAUCACGGAACACAGUGUAUGGCAAUUGGGCUGGCCAGCGUUGCCAAACACAGUGUCAAAAGCGUUUUCUCGUGGAGUGUGGCUGAUCUCGACACAGUUUUGCUCUGUGGGGAUCAACUGUACACAUAUCUGAGAGAUAAUGACAAAAUCAGUGGCGGUUCUGAUUUUUUGUGUAUUCCUGAUUUGCCUGCUUCACACACAAUUGAUGGCAUGGAGUUUGACUUUGAGUAUGGUGAUUACAUGUCUGGACUCAUCAACCAGACUGAUGGAUCACCCAUUGCACCUGGGUUGACAACAUUGCUGCAUAGUCUACAAAUUCUGUUUGCCAAAUAUGACACAUGCUUUUUGACAUUGCAUUGCAGCACAUGUGUUGUCAUUCAUGAGAAUAAUAUGUUUGCUGUUGUUGAUUCUCAUGCUCGAAAUGCUUUGGGCCUGGUGGAUCCUGAUGGCAGAAGUGUUGUUGCAUAUUUCCAUAACUUGCAGGAACUGUAUACACAUGCAUUAGCCUUGGCUGCAUCACAGCAUGUGAGCAACCAGGCUUUUGAAGUUGCUGGUGUGCGUGCAAUCCCCAGAAUGUCAGCAAUUGAAAGUAUGUGUUUGCCAUCCAGCUCAAGAGUACAUACUGAAAUACUGAGCAAAAUGAAGAGUGUCUAUGCAGAUGUACAGCAGGAAGUGUCACACUCCAAGCAGGGGUGUUCAUCCAGUACAUCAGUACAUAGGAAGCAAGGCUUGAAACGUCAACGCUUUGUGCACGCUCCUGCUGCCAAGAGAGCAAAGACGAACAAUUUUGGUGAUGAUGUAUUCAUUGUUAAAGACACAAACAACACGAGUGCAAAUAAUAGUAAUGAUGUUGUGUGCAUUGAUGAUGCAAUAAGCCAGACUGACGACGAUGUGAUGUGUGUUGGUAAUGGAGCCCAACAAGAUUUAGUGUUUAACCCCCUUCAGUUAGAGGUUGCCAAAGUUUUGUGCAACACUUUAGGGAUAGAAUGUCAGAAAGUUGAUGUGGAAGGAUUUGUAGCAGGCAUAUUAGGACCUCCAUGCAAGAAGCAGCCUAUUGUCGGCGAUGGCAAUUGCUUCUUCAGAGCUGUGAGUCAUGUUUUGUCUGGUAGUGAGAAGUUUCACAGGAAAGUCAGGUUGGCAGUUUGUAAACACAUUGAAUGUCAUCCUGGAUCAUAUGAGCACAUUCUGAGAAAUGAAUUUACCUCUGUCAAAGAAUAUGUUCACAUGUCCAGAAUGCGAUAUGUGGGUAGUUGGGCCACAGAAGUGGAGAUUCAGGCUGCAGCAGAUUGUUUCGGGGUUAGCAUUUUUACCUACAUUGACAAUCGAUGGCUUCAAUACAGCUGUCAAGGUCGACAAUUAUCAGAACAGGCAGUGUAUUUGGAGAACUGUAAUAACAUCCAUUAUGAGGCUGUUGUCUGUGUUCGACAACCUAAUGUGGACUGUGAUUGCUGUGAUUUCUGUAAAGGUGCUGUUGCACAUAGUACCAACUAUGGUUUGACACAGGUGAGCAAAGAUGCGCCAUAUAACCUCAGGACAGGAUGUCAGGACUUCAAGCAACAGAGUCAUCACAUUUUAAGUCCUUCACAUCAUGAAAAAAGGUUGUCAAAAUAUCUUAAAAAGAAGAAGUUUUUGCAAAUGAAAAUUAACUACCACAAAAACUUCUUGGAUUACAACAGACGUAACCAACAUGUUAGGAAUAGAUAUAAGCACAAUCUGUUGUAUCAACAGAAACUCAAGGCUUUAAGUAAGG